CAAUUCAAUUGAAGCGUAUUGUUGAGGUUUUUGCUGUCAAUUUUGCGAGAGUUGGAACGUAAAACGUCGAGAAAAGGUCUGUUUUUGGAUGAUCUCCCGAUUAAUUUGUUGAUCUAAUAGUAAAACAACGACCAGACAUGUCUACUGAUCUCCUUUCUGCUCCCAUUGCGUCGAGGGGGAUGAAGAAGCCAAAAGCAGAGAAAGAGGAUUUGGUGGCCAAACAGCCUGUCCUGACUGAUUUCAGUACGUUCUGUACGUGGGUUCUUGACUAUGAAGCAUCCCUACACAACGGAGACAUACCCUAUGUUCCUAAAACACCGGAACGUGUAAAGAAGAGAAGCAUUAGUCCCUUAGACAGUGAGGGUAAUAGCAUAGGAAGUGGAGCAGAUUCAGAUAUCAGCCCAAGAGAAAGAUAUUCCAAGAAAGGAAAAAUGUCAAAUAUACGUGAGAAAGACGAAGACUGGAACCUUAUCACCUGCUUCUGCAACAAACCCUUCGCCGGCCGUCCCAUGAUCGAAUGCAGCGAGUGCAUGACUUGGGUCCACCUGUCCUGUGCCAAGAUCCGUAAAACGAACGUGCCAGACAUCUUCAUUUGCACUCAGUGUAGAGACACUCGAAGCAGUAUCCGCAAGUCAAACAGGCAGCGGGAGCCGAAGAAACAGUUCUCAGAGCUAUACGGUCCCGGGGAAAGUUAGCGGGGCGAAAGGUCUGAUUUUUAUCCUGAACAUGGACAGGUUAAAACAUUGUAAGAUUUUGUUGAGACAGUGUAUCUGUGAGGGGGACAAGAGGCCAUUAAUGGUUGGUCACAAAAUGGUCUGCUUACGAUCCCUCAGCAUGGUUGUACGCAAGAGGAUCUUCAACGGUAUUAUCUAUCCAAGAAACAAUUUUGCCAAGAGGUGGACAUAUGACCAUUGACACUUGGCUGCAAGCCGUUAUUCCGCAGAACAGCUGCUCUCCUUGUGGGAUGAACGUUUAGGAACCUUCAACAGUUUGAUCUUGUCAAGAAACAAUGUUACCAAGAGGUGGACAUAGGACCAUUGAUGUUCAGUUCCAGGUCGAUAUUCUGCAGAACAGCUGCUUUCCUUGUUGGAUGAACAUGUAGGAACUUUUGCGUCAAUAAUCUUACAAAAAACGGUGUUGCCAACUGGUGGAGAAAUUACCAUUGGUGCUUGGUAACAAAAAACGUUAUUAUGCAGAACAGCUGCUCUCCUUGUGGGAUGAACGUUUAGGAACCUUCAACAGUUUCAUCUCUCCAAGAAACACUUAUUUUUCAUAACAAUAUUGCGGAGAGGUGACCAUUUAUGUCCAGUCACAAACAGUAUUCUACAGUACGGACCUUGUGGCUCUCGAUGAGUGGGCGGGAAUCUCCCAAAAGUUUCACCUGUUAAUAUGCUUUUCACACUACACAUAUUUCCCUGGGUUCAGCUUUAUAGCCCACUGCGUUUUCACACUACGUUUCAGCGAAGUGGGCUAGCACAGUAAAUAGUACAGUACUAUGUAUCUGGCCCUGCUAAAAAGCAGGGUUACAUGUAGCUGGCUUAUUGCGGUGCUGGCACCACAAUUGCGGUGCUAAGAGUUGCAGUGUGAAAAGAAAACGGGCUAAGCAUUAGCCAAUCGCAGAAGCCGAAAUUGCAUGUUAAUCACGCUCUGUGUGGCAAAAUCAUCAUUCAUGAGCUGUGCAAGAUUCCGCGGUAUUUUAGGAGUUCAUAUGGCCGGGGGGGGGGGGGAUCUCGGCCGUGGACAACGCAAUCGCGCCGAAAAUUGGCACGCUAAACAAAUAGUGUGGGGUUAAGCAAGACAGUGUGAAACCAAAAAAUAGAUAGUAUGGGGUUAAAGACAAUCCGGGGUCAAGGAUAGUAUGGGGUUAAGGAAUCUCACGACUGCUGAUGGUUUUCUUGCUCAACUCACUAGAAGUGUAUCUCUGCCUGCCUAGGCUACCGAAUACCCAGUACAACUCCCUCAGCUCCCCCAGGAGAAUGACUCACUGGGCUGAACCUGAUUCUCUCUGCCGAGGAAAAGCAGUGUGAAAAGCAUAUUACCAAACUUUUUUUCAAACAAUGUUACCAAGAGGUGGAGAAAUGGUCAAGUCGCUCAACAACGAGAGACAUGCACAACAUCCCACGAAAGAGGGUCAGAACGUCAGAAGUAACAAUUUUCUUGUAAUAUCAAACGAUAAUGUUUUAUGCGAUAAUUAAUGCACUAUACAAGAACAGUAUCAUCAGGUUAGAUGUCAUCAUUAUUAGAGUCAGAUACUGAUAGCAAACUGUUUUACCUCUCUAUUCUCACAUUCAUUUAAUUCAUUUUUUUUCUUGCAUUCUUGAGAGAGAUACUUGUAGAUAAAUUUACUAAAAAUACUUCACACAGUAUAUUUUUUUGCCCAUUCUCUCCUUUAUAGUACAAGCAGAGCUGCCAAUUUGUAUGGAUUUUCAGUAUUUAGUACUGAAAAAAAGAAGAAUACUGAUGGUUUCAUGCAAAAUACUGAUUUCUGAAUUUUCGGUUUGAUGUUUGUCCGAUUGUAUUUCUUUGAAAAUACUGAUUUCCUCACCAAAAUACUGAUAUUUCAGCUUUAAGAAUACUGAAAUGUUCUCGCUCAGGUUGGCAGCUCUGUACAUGUAGAAUGGAAGUCUUUCAUGGUGCUUCUCUAGUGCUGUU